AUGCCUACUUCUGCUCUCAAUCCGUCUGACGGCCCUCUGAACAUCGGCCUUGUCUGCGGCCAUCUCGCCAGGCUUCUCGGAGACAUCCAACCCGUCGACAGUGGUGACCAAAGUGCAGAUACACCGGUCCACGGCACGCACGUAUCAGCUUUACUCCUGGACUUGGCAGAAACGGAGAUUACGCGAAGGUUGGAGGAUGCUGGUGCGGCUGAAGAAAGUGUGCAGUGGCCAAGGGCCAUGACGGGAGCUGUCAAGGAGGAUGUGGACGAAAGAAUCGAGCAGCUCGUGUCGUGGACGAUGUCCGAUGAUGCAGCUGCUCGUGAAUGGCUGCAACAUCACGAGCAGCCAAACUGGGUGCUCGCCCCCAACAGCGCGGACUUCGAAGCCCAGUCAGCUGCGCGUCAGACCUUUCUUGGGAACAUCAUCAAGAGUGCGACCCGAGAGGCCUUUGCGGAUGCUGUCAAACGACUUCGCGCGGCGGUCACGUACGAUUACAUCCAGGCGCUGCGGAGUGUGGAGACGCAAUUCGUGCACAACGACUCCACCAUCAAUCCUCUGUGGGGAAGCGCGAGCAUUCACACCGUGGGAUACGUUGCACGCAGGGCUACCGGCUUUCUCAUCAUCAAUCAGUGGGGAAGCAUCGACAGUACUGCGCUCAACGCAGGCAGCGAGGGAAUCGAAGAAGUUCAUACCGACGAUGCGUGA